ACUACAACUCCCAUGAGGCUCUGGGGCCGCGCAAGCGUAUGUGAUUCCAUUGGCUGGCAAAGCUCUGAGCUGGGAACCCUCAUUGGCUGAGGGGCCUGAGGCGAUAGAUACCGGAAAGGGGAAGAGCAGCCAACAUGGCGGCGGAGCGCGGCGCGGGACAGCAACAGUCGCAGGAGAUGAUGGAGGUUGACAGGCGGGUGGAAUCGGAAGAGUCGGGCGAUGAAGAAGGGAAGAAGCAGAGCAGCGGGAUGGUGGCCGAGCUCAGUGCGCACAGCCUCAAGGACGGAGAGGAGCGGGGGGAAGAGGACCCAGAAGGUACCAGGCCGAAAGGACAAGAGCUGCCUGUGGAUAUGGAAACCAUUAACCUGGACAGAAAUGCAGAGGACGUUGAUUUGAAUCAUUAUCGCAUUGGAAAAAUUCAAGGGUUCGAGGUGCUGAAGAAAGUGAAGACUCUCUGCCUCCGUCAAAAUUUAAUUAAGUGCAUUGAGAAUCUAGAGGAGCUACAGAGUCUUCGAGAGCUGGAUCUUUACGACAACCAAAUCAAGAAGAUUGAGAACCUGGAGGGACUGACAGAGCUGGAGAUUCUAGAUAUUUCUUUUAAUCUACUGAGAAACAUUGAAGGAAUUGAUAAGUUGACACGACUGAAAAAGCUCUUCUUGGUCAACAAUAAAAUCAAUAAAAUUGAGAACGUAAGCAGCUUACAUCAACUGCAGAUGCUGGAGCUGGGGUCCAACCGCAUCCGGGCAAUUGAAAAUAUUGACACGUUAACCAGCCUGGAGAGUUUGUUUUUGGGGAAAAACAAGAUCACUAAGCUUCAGAACCUGGACGCACUCACCAACCUGACAGUCCUCAGCAUGCAGGGCAACCGGCUGACCAAGAUCGAGGGCCUGCAGAGCCUGGUGAACCUACGGGAGCUCUAUCUCAGCCACAACGGCAUCGAGGUCAUCGAGGGCCUGGACAACAACAACAAACUCACGAUGUUGGACAUUGCGUCAAAUAGAAUCAAAAAGAUUGAAAAUGUCAGCCAUCUAACAGAGCUGCAGGAAUUCUGGCCACCAAAGACCAUUGUGAUGGGAAAUGCAUGCAUCCUAUGAAGUUUGGGUCUUGAAAACCACGAGAUAGUCUGCUGGGGAAUGUCAGCCAGGGUGAUGUUCUGUAGCGGAAUUCCAGUCUGGGAUUCAGGCAGGCUCAUCACCAGACUCUAAAACCGUGGACGAGCAGGGUGUUCGCACAUGUGCCAAGUGUCGCCCCGCCGAGAGUUUGCUGAUUGCAAAGGGGAGACGCGUUCCCCAGAGUCAUCUGGGCGCCACCAGUGUGUCCACAGGAUCAGACUUAUCCCCGGUAGUGGGACAGCCUCAUGCCUUGUGUCCCCCGAUGUGCUUCAUGUAUGAAGUGUGCUCACCAGGAAUGUUUAGUGUGAUGUAACCAAGCAUGUAGACCUAACUUCCAGUUGUCAGGAAGUAGAGGGUCCGGGAGAACGAGCUAGGUGACACCGCGGGAAGCAGGCGGCUGAAUCCAGAACAAGGGUCCUUCUACACGACAAGUAGCUGGGUGUCUUUAAAGGUCGACUUCAUAUAACAGAAAAAAAAUGAGAGGAGGAAGUGGGAAACAUUCUAGAUGGAAAAAACUAAAAAGUGCACCUUCUGGGAGACUCUUUAAGAAGACGGGCGUACCUGGGAGGUCACACUCACAUCACACCUUGCUCCUUUACAUCUCAGUUGUGCAGAACUUGAAAAAAGAGACAUAAAGGCCUUUUUUUUUUUUUUUCCCUCAAUGAGGCUUCCAGAGAGCCUGGAAUUUCUGUGGAGACAAUACAGGUGAAUGGUCUUGAGUUCCAUUUUGGAAAAAUACAAAGAGAAGAAUCUCCGGGGACUUCCCCGGUGGCACAGUGGUUAAGAAUCCGCCAGCCAAUGCAGGGGACACGGGUUCAAGCCCUGGUCUGGGAAGAUGCCACAUGCCGCGGAGCACCUAAGCCCAUGCGCCACAACUACUGAGCCUAUGCUAGAUCUAGAGCCCGUGAGCCACAACUACUGAGCCCACACACCACAACUACUUGAAGCCCAUGCGCCUAGAGCCCAUGCUCCACAACAAGAGAAGCCACCGCAAUGAGAAGCCCACACGCCACAACAAAGAGUAGCCCCUGCUCGCCACAACUAGAGAAAGCCCCAGCGCAGCAACGAAGACCCAACGCAGCCAAAAAUAAAUAAAUGUAUUUAAAAAAGAAAAGAAUCUCUGAAAGUUACCUAUGUCAAAGACAUCCUUUACAAUGUGCCAUUGGUGGUGAGUAAAACUCCCAGGUCCACAUUCGCUAAAUCCUAGAGAAAACUGCCCUGUGGCUGGCUGUACUGUGGAAUACCCUCAACCAUAAGACCUGGGGUUUAUAAAGACGGUAAGCGCACCAGCGGGGACUAACAGGACGGUGGCAUUGGAAAUGCCGUGACGUGUGACACAGGAAGCACACAGUGUGUGUCAGCCACAAACGACUCUGUUGAGAAAGACGAGGAGAUGGCGGCCCUGCCGGAGCGUCAGCCGCCAGCGGAGUGGGAGACGGUUUCUAAGUAGAUUCUGCUGCAAAAAGACCUCACUUCUCCUAAGCAAUGUAACAUUGCUACUUUUAUUAAAUGAAUGUGCUGUUCGCACGUUGCAAGUUAAAAGUGCUUAAGGCAUGCGUGUCUUUUUCGUGACUCUCCACUGCAGCGGCCUCUUUCUGGUAACCGAGCAGCUGCGGCCACCGCCACGGGGGAUAUUGCUUCCCUCUGGCUCUGGUUUUGCACACUUUGCGUUGGCCACAUGGGCAGCUCAUGUUGUACGAGAGGAGCGUCGUAGACUAACGCUUAACAGAGUACUGCUUAAGGCUUUAUCCUGGGACAGCUCUUCUCCCUUUGCGGUGGAGGCACCUCGAGUCCUGCUCUGAGUUCCGGGUCCCCGUGGCUCCGUGCUGAGAAGCAGGCUUCGGGCCCUCCACAAGGCCGGCCUCUGGGAUUUGGAAAUCUGGCUUUCCCAAAGCACGGGGCACACUAGGCCCACGUGGAGUUCUGUGAAAAUAGCGUUCCUUAAACAGGCGAGUCUGAGAAACCCUGCAUUGUAUACCCUCUGGGAGAAUCGAGGAGAAGCUCUGUGGGAGAUUCAUAACGUGCAGUGAGUUAUUAAAGACAAGACUGGCUGUGACAGUGGAACUGGCGCCAGAGUCGCCCUCCCACCAUGAACCGACCCCAAGGCCCGAGGCUGCUCCGUCCGCGCAGCGCACAGCAGGCAGCAGCAGGCCGCAGGCCCUGAGAACGGGGAUGACACAGUGAGCCCUGGGCUGCCCUGCUCUGCCUAGGACCAGCUUCCUAAGCGGAACACUGCAGUUCUGUGGAGCUGAAGACGCAGAGGUCAAAGUUCAUGGCAGCUGGACUCUUCAGGACAGGGUGUUGGAGAGAGGGGAUAGCUGUGCAGAGGAGGGCCCCGGAAGUCCACGUGGGGGUUGCCUGCCAGGCUGUGGCUGAGCGGUGGGCAGUCUGGGCACGAGACCACCCCUCUCGCGGCUCACCCACUAGCUCUGCUGGAGGAGAGCAGAGCUGGGGGACGAUGGAGCUCCAGCCCUGCCCAGGUGGGGGUCUCACCAGCACCCUUGACAUCCAGCUAGACACCAAACGGGCCAGGCCUUAGGGGUAGGUGCCGCAGGCUCAGCUACGACGCCCUCCAGCCCCCUAGAAGCAGGCUGCAGCGGUGUGUCCAGAGGAGGCUGCGCUCGGAGCUUCCCACCAGGAAGGGCCUGGGGACCCUGAGAGGGUCCUGGCCUCCUGGAGACCCGCCCUGAAGGAGUGUGGAACCGAGCCUGUGGCCACCUCUACACCGCCUUAGCCCCGACGUCCAGCGUUCAAUCCAAAAUCACUAGGUGUACAACAGGAAAAUGUGAUCUGUACUCAAGGAAGUCGUCCUAAGAAACCGAGCCUAGGUUUUCAGUCACCGUUUGUGAACGUAGCCCUGGACCUGGAGGUGGCUUGCGGUGUCUUGGUCCUCACUCCCACCUCCAGGCUGCUCUCACCUUCCCCCCGAAGACCCCCACCACACAGCCGCUCUGCAGCGUGGCCGUCAUCCUCUCCCUCCCUGGAGACCCUGGUGCUGCGGCAAAACUGGGCCCUUCUCUCGAGACUUAAUCCAGUGCCUGGUCAGUGCUCGAAGCCUCUGCAGUGUCCCCACCAAGUGGCAGUGGAUGGGCCGUCAAGGGCCUCGGCUUCUUCACCUCCCACACAUGGACAGAUGUCAUACCUUCUCUGAGUGGGGCUGCUGCCGUGUGACCUCGGCCACCCCGCUUCUGCCCUCGCAGGUUCCGAGGGAACAGGUCUGCCCUUCCCACCACCAUGUGCAUGGCGGGCCCCGGGCCUGGUGUCUCUUGAAGCGUGAUUUCUAGAACCAGGUGUGGCCGGAGCCAGGGGCUGAGGGCAGCAGGUGCGGGGCAUGCACUCAGGGCAGCUUCCCCGCCCACCCUGCACACCCAGCCCUGUCACCUGUCAGCUCACGGGCGGCGACGCGCUGGAGCCUCUGCCGUGCACCUCUCUUCCCAGUGCUAUGGUCAGCAUGAGGUCAGCCACAGAAGCUGGCAGACACGACACGUCGGGGCUCUUCAGCUUUCCUGGGAGCCGGUUACUGAGCGUUUGCUGGCACAGCACAGCCGGGAGCCAUGACGGUGAUGUCCCCGCGGGUGCCGCCUGAGCCCCCUGCCCUCGCCCUUCACUCCGGCCAUCCAGGGCACGUCUCACGUUCACAGAGGCAGUUCUCUAGUUUGUGUUCACUUGGCCGUCUGCCGUAUUCUUUGGAAACUGAAGACUGGUCUCUUGGAGCCCCAGCAGAAGGGCCACGACAUCCACGUGACAGGCAUGGACCAAGCUGGGUGACGGGUGCUCCAACCCAGAGGCCCUACGUGCCCUCACCUUGAUGGUGGUUUGAAAA